AUGAUGCCAGCCAGACUGCUUCUACUUCUCUGUCUGAUCGGACCUGUGUUUGCUAAAAAAAGCCCUGAUGUGGAUUGCUUGGUGGUGAAUCUGGAUUAUGUUUCCUGCACAUGGAAUAAGAUCGGGACUCCUGAGGUCAACUACACCUUCUACAGCAAGUUGGGCAAUGACCAAUGGAAAAUAUGCAACCACUAUUUGACAGAGAACAACAUGAACAUUGGAUGUAACCAGGAGAUAGAUUCGGGAGAUAGAUUCAAAACAUUUCGAACUCAACUGAUAUAUGGCGAUGAUAAUUUUGAGAAGGGUCACGAGCUUAAAAAACAAGUCAAGUUAAACCCACCAACCAACCUGACUGUCCUCAAUGGAUCAGACUUUAACCUGUGGUUUUACUGGAACCACACUUCUGCUCGUCUACAUUGUGUGGAGAGUGAGGUCCGCUUCAGGACAAACAACAACAACUGGGAGUUCUCUAAAGUUAGCGCCGGGAUACAGCCAUACUGCAUCAACUUGCCCUCAAGCAGUUCCCGAUAUGAGCUGCAAGUGCGGAGCAGAAUAGAUGAUGCCUGUGGAGAGUCCAUAUUCUGGAGUGACUGGAGUGAGCCUGUGGUCUGGGGAUCCAACAACAGCACAGGUUAA